CUGGAGAGAGAGCCAAGCCUCCUUCCUGGGCCUUAGGCCCCUCCCACGAUGCCUGUCGCUGGCCUCCUCCUCUGGGCUACCCUGCUGACAGGGGCUUGGCCCACGGCCCCCACUCAGGACCUCCUCCAGGCCACGCCCCGGCUCCGGCUCUCCUUCAAAGAGCUGAAGGCCACAGGGACUGCCCACUUCUUCAACUUCCUGCUCAACACCACCGACUACAGAAUCCUGCUCAAGGACGAGGACCAGGACCGCAUGUAUGUGGGCAGCAAGGACUACGUGCUGUCCCUGGACCUGCACGACAUCAACCGCGAGCCCCUCAUCAUCCACUGGGCUGCGUCCCCACAGCGCAUCGAAGAGUGCGUGCUCUCAGGCAAGGACAGCAACGGCGAGUGCGGGAACUUCGUCAGGCUCAUUCAGCCUUGGAACCGAACACACCUGUAUGUGUGUGGGACGGGCGCCUACAACCCCAUGUGCACCUAUGUGAACCGAGGCCGGCGGGCCCAGGCCUCGCCGUGGACCCAGAUGCAGGUGGGGAGAGGCCGCGGCAGCCGAGCCACAGAUGGUGCCCUCCGCCCGACACCCAAAGCCCCACGCCAGGAUUAUAUCUUCUACCUGGAGCCUGAGAGACUCGAGUCAGGGAAGGGCAAGUGUCCGUACGACCCCAAGCUGGACACGACCUCAGCCCUCAUCAGUGAGUGCCCUGCACAACCCGGGAACGACGACGGGGGUCACUGCUGCCUGGUGAACAAGUGGAGCACCUUCCUGAAGGCCCGGCUGGUCUGCUCCGUGCCGGGCGAGGAUGGCAUCGAGACCCACUUCGAUGAGCUCCAGGACGUGUUUGUCCAGCAGAGCCAGGACGUGAGGAACCCCGUCAUUUAUGCUGUCUUCGUCUCCUCGGGCUCCGUGUUCCGAGGCUCCGCGGUCUGUGUCUACUCCAUGGCGGACAUCCGCAUGGUCUUCAACGGGCCCUUCGCCCACAAGGAGGGCCCCAACUACCAGUGGAUGCCUUUCUCAGGGAAGAUGCCCUAUCCACGGCCCGGCACGUGCCCUGGAGGAACCUUCACCCCGUCCAUGAAGUCCACCAAGGACUACCCUGACGAAGUGAUCAACUUCAUGCGAGGCCACCCGCUCAUGUACCAGGCUGUGUACCCACUGCAGCGGCGGCCCCUCGUGGUCCGCACGGGCGUCCCCUACCGGCUCACCACCGUCGCUGUGGACCAGGUGGACGCGGCUGACGGGCGCUAUGAGGUGCUUUUCCUAGGCACAGACCGAGGGACAGUGCAGAAGGUCAUUGUACUGCCCAAGGAUGACCAGGAGAUGGAGGAGCUCAUGCUGGAGGAGGUCGAGGUCUUCAAGGACCCAGCGCCUGUUAAAACCAUGACUAUUUCUUCCAAGCGGCAACAGCUGUAUGUGACCUCGGCAGUGGGUGUCACGCACCUGAGCCUGCACCGUUGCCAAGCUUACGGGGCUGCCUGCGCGGACUGCUGCCUGGCCCGGGACCCCUACUGCGCCUGGGACGGCCAGUCCUGCUCCCGCUACACGGCGUCCUCCAAGAGACGGAGCCGGAGGCAGGAUGUCAGACACGGGAACCCCAUCCGGCAGUGCCGUGGGUUCAACUCCAACGCCAACCGGAACGCGGUGGAGUCGGUGCAGUAUGGUGUGGCAGGCAGUGCCGCCUUCCUGGAGUGCCAGCCCCGCUCACCCCAGGCCACUGUGAAGUGGCUUUUCCAGCGAGACCCUGGAGACCGGCGCCGCGAGAUCCGCACCGAGGACCGUCUCCUUCGCACGGAGCAGGGCUUGCUGCUUCGUGCCCUGCAGCUCGGCGACCAGGGCCUCUACUCUUGCACAGCCACAGAGAACAACUUCAAGCACGUGGUCACACGGGUGCAGCUGCAUGUGCUGCCCAGAGAUGCCGUCCACGCUGUUCUCUUCCCACUGCCAGCUGCCAGUGUCCCACCGGGCCCCGGCGCCGGCCCCCCCACGCCACCCUACCAGGAGCUGGCCCAGCUGUUGGCCCAGCCGGAGGUGGGCCUCAUCCACCAGUACUGCCAGGGCUACUGGCGCCAUGUGCCCCCUAGCCCCAGGGAAGCCCCGGGGGCACCCAGGCCUCCUGAGCUCCAGGACCAGAGAAAGCCCCGGAAUCGCCGCCACCACCCACCGGACACAUGAGGCCGGCAACCCGAGCCCUGCGACGGGCCAGCCUAGUCCUCACCCUUUUAAUAUAAAAGAUAUAUAUAUAUAUAUAUAAAAUAUCUAUAUUCUAUACAUACCCUGCCCCUGCAGAGACAGUAUUUAUUGGUGGGCUGUAUAUAGCUUGCCUCCGUGGCAGCAGCAUUGUCCAGAACCUGGACCCAUGCUGAGGAGAGACAGCAGAACACAGCGCCCCACCCAGCAGCCCAGCUGGUGGAUCGGACCGGGCCAGGACCACGCCCUCUCCAGACUCAGGUGGGAGUCUGCCUGCAGCCAACAGCCAGCACCCGGCUCUGCAGGACGGGGCAGAGGAAGCCCCGCCUGGACGGGGCCCAGAUGGCAGACACCUGUGCCGACCGGCUGCGCUGUCCAGCAGUGCUUCGGCACAGACAUGGAUUCGAGGACUGCUUUGGAGACUGGGGGCGGGGGGUGGGCUCAGGUGCACUGAGAGGGAACAAGGGGCCGUCACAGGAGGCCGGCCCCUGCCUGGGACGGGGCGCCCAGCCGAGGGCAGCCCCUUCUCAGGUAUUUAUUCUCUAUUUAUUGGGGACAGGAGGAAUGGAGGCCAGUCCCUCCCCUCCCUGCCUGGCCAGGACAGGGCUGUUCCAUCUCCUGCCAGCCUGCCCUGUGCCACCUGGAUUGGGGGCUGGGAGGAGGGCAGAGGGCUCAGGCCCAGGCAGGGCUGAAGAGAGCACCCAGACCUAGGGGAAGGGUGGCCUGGGACCCACUGAGACCUCUUAGGGUCCUCCCUCUGCCCACCCCUCCGGGCACUGGGUGUAAAUACUCGGAGAGGGGGUGGCUGGGUAGCUGGGGGGCUCCUGCCACCCUCUGCCCAGGCCACACCACCCCGGGCAUUGCAUUCCAUCUUGCUAAUAAACACUGGCUCUGGGACUGA